GUUUUCAUCUGUGAUAAUAAGGGUUUUUUCUAAUGAAUAUUAUCUUAUCGAAUCUUUCGCUGUCUUCUUCAAGAUUUUUCUUGCUGUUGUUGAAUCUCGCAUCAAACAGAAACAUGGAUCACUUGCGAUGCUGAAAAAUUACGGGGUCAUAUCCAAAUUUAGCAUUGCUUUUAGAUCGAAAGCAAUCUUGAUUUCUGCAUAAUAUUUCCCAGGGUUUCUUUCUUCUCUGCCAAAGUUUCAUGAUCUUGAAUAAUAGCAGUUAUUGGAAGGGGAUGCUGUCUGUCGUUCAUUCUCGAGGUCUUGUUUUGUAUGUGCGUGCGUGUAUACAUGUAUGUAGAGUGUUGAAUCUGGCAUGAAAUCAGAACCAUGGAUCACUACGACGUGUGUGCUCUUUCACCUUGCCCCAAAAGAAAGUAAUGGGUAGCAACCAAUGAAGCUAAAAGUUACCCGAUCAUAUCCAAAUUUAGCAAUUUAGCAUUGGUUUUAGAUCAAGAGAUGUCUUGAUUUCUGCAUGAUUAUUUCAAAUUGUUUCUUUCUUCCCUGCCAAAGUCUGAUGAUCUUUAAUAAUAGCCAAUUCUUGGAAGAGAAAUGCUGUCUGUCAUUGAUUUUCUCGAGGUUUCGUUUUGUGUGUAGAUAUACAUGUGUAUCCAGUAUUGAAUCUUGCAUGAAAUCCGAACCAUUGAUCACUAUAGCUCUUCCACCAUGCUCCAAAAUAAAGUAAUGCGUAGCAACCAAUGAAGCUGAAAAUUUAUGCAAUUUUAUCCUAAUUUUGCAUUGGUUUUAUAGAGUUCUUUCUUGUCGGUCAAAGUUUCAGGCUCUUCAAUAAUAGCUCUGCUUAUUCGAAUAGUGAUCCUGUUUGUCAUUAAAUUUUCUUCUAUGAUUUUGUUUUGUGUGUUAUAUGGUCUGUUGAACUGAUGACAUUAAUGUCUAGAUUUGUGAAGCAAGGUAAUGUGAGCAUGGUUUAUGAAUCAUCCGAGGACAAGAUUCAGGCAAAAAUGGCCACUUUCCCCCGUGACAUCUUGUUCUGCAUCCUUUCCAGGUUGCCCCUGAAAUCUGUUCUUCGGUUUUGUUGUGUAUCUAAGUUAUGGCUUGAUGUGAUAAAAAGUCCAGAGUUCGGGUACCUCCACUCUAAGAAAUCAGCUGGUGACCCUACAUUACUAAUUCUGUCCCACCGUCUACUGAAGGAGAACAUCAUCAGCAUAAGCCCAAUAAGCCUCAGGGGUCAUCAUCUCCACAUUAGCGAUAAUUCCAUCAGUAAUCUGGUUGGUUCCUGCUCAUUGAAUUUAGUAGGGGCUUGCAAUGGCUUCCUGUGUUUUGCAUCAUUCGAUCAUGAGCGUAUCCUGGUCUGUAAUCCUAUCACAAUCGAGUUUGUCAUUCUACCGAAACCCGGUACCACUCUUCCUCCAGAGCCUCUCACAAUAGUCUAUGGUUUUGGGUUUGAUUCUACGUUAGAGACAUACAAAGUUGUUCGUGUAUCAUAUUCUGAAGGAUCUUUACACGGUGAUGCUAAUCUUAAGGUUUCAGUUGAGGUAUACAACUUGGGUGCAACAGGGUCUUGGAGAGCAGUGCGAGACUUUCAGCAGCCUCCGUGUGGUCUGCCUGUGUUUGCUAAUGGACAUCUGCACUGGUUAGUACAUCCACAUUUUUCUGGUGCUGAUAGAAUCAUAUCAUUUGAUAUCGGAAAAGAGGAAUUGGUAAUGACACCUCACCCAAAUUUUGGUUUGAGAUUCAGUAUUUCCGAGCUGGGAGGGUGUUUGUCUGUGGUAGAUCUUAGGAAGCGCACUCUCAUUGAGGUAUGGGUGCUUAAGGAUCAAUUUAACAACUAUUGGCAGCAGGAAUACAUCCUUCCUGUAGGUGUGCCUUAUGGUCUUGAUAUGGGGCUUCCUAGGCUGAUAUCCAUCUCUGAGAAGAAUGGAGUACUACUGAUUUGGCUACAGGAUGCAAUAUUUUCAUAUGAGCAAAGAACCUUGAGUCGGAAGAAGCUGCUGAUAUCAGGGUUGCCAUCAUGGUUGGAUUGGGAGAUUUGCUGUGGGUUUAGGCCGAGUCUGGCUCCGCUGAGGGGCAAUCUUGAAAGAUUGAAAGAGAACAUGGAUGUUGCAUAUUUUACUAGUGACAUGGAAAUUUAUUCCCAGCCCAUAAUUUCUUCACAGAUUGUGGAGUAUAAAGCUAUUGAUCAUGUUGGGAGAUGAUAUGAUUGACUCCAUACAUGAUGCUUGGGGACAAAUGGUGGCUUUAUUACCUAUUGAUAUUGUGAAAACUCUCUCAGUUACAUAAACGGUCAGACUAAAUACUAUUUGGAGGUAAUCUUUUUUCUUCUGGAAUGUGCUGUGGAGUUCUGUAAGAGGCAACUUUUAUUAUUAUUUUUAUUCUGAUCAUAUUUCGUAUGUAAAUUUCUACAUUUCUUACAUGAACAUUGAAACCAAGUACUUAGGCACAUAGUCAUAAUACCUUUAAUUCAUAGGAAAAAUAGUACUACAUAGGUAAAGCCUUUUCUCUAUAUGUGCAGCUAACCAUUCUCCAUAGAAAUCUGACUGUGAUCAUAGAAACCAGGAUAUAUAUAUAUAUAUAUAUAUAUAUAUAUAUAUAUAUAUAUAUAUAUAUAUAUAUAUAUAAGCUUCAGAUCAAAUAUGAUGGCAGUGAAGGGUUGGGAUUGUGAUGAAAAAGCUGAGUGCAUUGCAGAAUUCAAGGAGCAGAUUUUACCAAGAAUUUGUGGUGAGAAAUAUUUUUUACUUUGAAUUCAAAGGAGACAGCUUCUCGUGUGACUUUGGUGGUGGUGUUAGUCAUGUCGGAAGCACGGCCGAAGGCAUCGUAACUGCUCUUCCACCUACCCGCAUUCCUGUUGGUUGGUUGGGUGGGUGGGAGCCACGAUAAGAAUGCAGCCCUGAGGGCCGUCACCUGGAGGUUAUUUUUGUUUGAGUGAGAAUAAAAAAAAAAUAAAAAACACGAAGAGUGCCGGGGACGAUACCUGAGUCAGUCAAAUACCAAGUCCUCGUCUUCUUGUUCCGGUGUUGGGUGCGGAUGAUCGGCAGGGCGAUGGCGUCGCGCCCUGAUCGCCUCCUCGUCCCAACGCUGGGCGACGACUUCCACGAUCCAGACCUCCUCUGCCCCCCUCCCCCUCCCCCUCCCUCCCAGCACCACCCCACCCUCCUCCCUGCCCUCCCCAUCGCCCUCGCAUCCCUCCUUACCGCCGUGGUCAUCGUCGUCCUCAUCACCAUCUUCAUCUACCGAUGCCGACGCCGACGCCGACGCGGUCGCUUGGCUGCCGCCUCCACCACGGAAGACCCCGGCCCUUUUGAAAACUGGGGCGGCGAGGUGGACCACCAUGUCUGGUACAUCAGGACCACCGGCCUCGACGAGUCCACCAUCGGGGCCAUCACCGCUUGGGCGUACAAGGCCGCUGACGGCGUCCUCGGCGACUCCCCCACUGACUGCGCCGUCUGCCUCUCCGAAUUCUGCGACGGGGAGCUCCUCCGCCUCCUUCCCAAGUGCGGCCACGCCUUCCACGUUAGCUGUAUCGAUACUUGGCUCCGAUCCCACGUCAAUUGCCCCCUCUGCCGUGCGCCCAUCGUGGCCCCAACCUCCUUCCCCAGCGGUGCCGAUCCUGGAACAAUUUCUCCCACGUUUUCCUCCGCUUUGUCCUCCCCUGAUUUUUCCCUAGAUGGCAUGGAUCCCAAUUCGAUCCCCUCUGCUGUACUGGAUAGCAAUCAGAUCGAUGGCCGCCAAUUGGGAUCUGGUCAAGGCGUCUUACAAGUGGAAACGGAGGGCGAAGAUUUGGAAAUUGGAGCUGGAGUUCCAAUCGUGACUGACCAUAUCCCAAAUUCUGAGCUGCGAGUGCCUAGCAAUAUUGGGGAACAAGGGUUCGAGCCUAUUCGGCGCUCGUUUUCGAUGAAUUCAUUCACUCACGCUCCUUCCUUGCACAGAUCGGAGUUGGUAGAAGGUCUUACUGGUAACACAAAGGAACCCUCCCUGAGAGAGGAGUGGGAUGGAAGAACCACAAGAAAGCAGGGCACUGCUUCCAGUUGCACAACUACUUUGCAGAAAGAAACUGAAAGAUCUUCAUCGAGUGCCAGUGGGGGUUUCUUCUUGCUAAGACACGUCCGAGCUCGGAGCUCUGUUCUUCCACUGUAAUAGUCCUAUUACUGAAGUAUGUUAUCAAGUUCAUGAAAUGGGGAAUAUCUAAUAUACCAGUGGUUCUCAGCAAGUUGGGAGCUGCUCUGUACUGUUAUGAGUCUGUGUGUGUAGAGUGGAAACAGAGAGCAGUGAACCUGUCAGAUACACUGCAUCAGUUAUGGUUAAGGCUAUAAGGUAGAUUUUUGGGUUGAAUUCGCAGCACAAUGACUGGAUGAUAAGUUUCCGGAAGUUGAACUUCUGUAAGGUUUAUGUGUCCAUUAAUUGUGAAUAUAUUACAAGAUUGUAAAAGACUUCACACUGAUUAUAAGAUGCCGCUUAAUAAGUGAGUUUAUUGACCUUCUUUUUA